UAGUGUGAUUUAAGAUGUUUGUGUUUAUGUCCGUACGUGUGAUAUAACUAAGUGGAAACGUCAGUUUCAAAUGAAUCGUGUGUUUUAAAUUAUGUUUACAGGCACAUUUUCUAACUACAUUUUGCAGAAAAGGAAUCUUUUUUCGAAUGAGAAGACAUUGAAGUGUGAACGCAUCAACAAACUUAAGCUUUGGCACAGUGAAAAUAUAUAUGUUGUCUGAAUUGGGACCAAGUAUCUGUUCAGAGAGAAAAAUUAAGAAGAAUGCAAACAUUGAAUAUCAAGUAGCUGAGGUUGUCAGGACAGAAGCCUAUUGAUGAUGUGAAGUAGUACUAAAACCCACCGUUCGUUGUAUACGUGACAGCCAAAGCACUAAAUGCUACUUUCCGGUCGUUUGUCAUCAAUUACGUCAUUUAAUGUGUGAAUUUUGGGACAGAUGGCAACUACAAAUAAUAUCUGGACAGAUAACAAUUCUCUAGGGAUUGCGUGCAUAUGGUAUACAGGCAGGAUGAUGUGUUACCAGAUGCUCCUCCAAAGUAUGUUGUGUACUUGUUUUAAGGCAUUGCAGUUGUCUUCUUCGCCCCCAAAUUUUGAGCCCACUUUCGUUGCGGCCGGAAGAUGUGAACAGAACCAACCAAUCGUUAAUUUAGUAAAAUAAAUUUCCUAUUUUCCGAUGAGAAUCUUUAGAUCUUCUUCAGUCAUACUAUCUUUCGAUUGUGCCUACAUCAUGCGAAAAACUUAAUUCCUUGUGUCUGAACAAUUCAAAUAAACUGCAGUUGUAAAUUAAUUAGGCUCAAGUUAGAGCACUACUUUUGUGAGUAACUUUUUAACAAAAGAAUUGUAAUCAUGAAUGGGAAUCGAAAUUUUAUUUGUUGCCCAGUGUGUACCUUGUAUUUGCGUGAAGGCAUAUCAUUAAAAAGUCAUCUCAACACACAUCCAAAAGAUCAAGUAAUAGAAGCUUUAAUUAGAUGUUCUUUUAUAACUUCUGCACCAGCUAAGCAACAAGAAAACACUGAUUAUGAGCUGCAGCAUGUAAUUGUCCGUUCAGAUGGUGAUGUCUCUGGUGUUGAAAGUACUCCACCAGUCCCGUACAAUCCUGCUGGUGGCAGUCAUUUUACUGCAUCAAUAACAUAUCAACAUUUUCUAAGCAGUAACACUCCACCUCCUCCAAAUCUCCCUCCACAGUAUGUAUCUGUGCCUACUGUUCUUGCUUCGCCUGUUGACGAUGGCAACAAUGAUACAAGUCAGGCUGCUGUUAUGCCAUUCAUAUAUAAUCCUUACGUAGUUCCACAACAUCAGCAACAGUUUGAAGUGCUAAAUCCUAUUGCUCAACUUCCUCCAGAGCAGCCUCAUAUGCGCCAAGUUACUGAGAGUAACCAAAGUACUUACUCAGAACAGUCACCUAUUGGAGCUUUAAAUUCAUUACUGAACCGCUGUACCCAGCAUUCUCCAAACGUUCAAACUGACCAGGCUACACAGACAAAUAAAGACAGCCUUGUGUCUCAGCCUUCAUCCCCAAAUGAGAAAUCAUCUCAGACAGAAUUGUUGUCUGAUAAUGAAACAAAGAAAGAAGUUACAAAUGAUGCAAUUUCUGAUCUGCAGCAAACAAAUUGCAAUUCUGAAAAUGAAACGCAGAAUUCUCCAAAAACAGGUACAGUUGAUACAAAUGCUGAGCAUACCUCAGCAGAUUGUUCUCCUGCGCACCAGAUUCUUGGUGGUGAAAAUGAUUGUUUAAUAGUUACUGAAACACAUCGGACAAUUAAGCCUGCCAGAUCACUACAUAGCAGUGACGUUGUAGAUAAUAGUGAGAAACAGACACUGGAAUAUGUAACAAGCAAUGAGCCAGUCUUGACAUUUGAUGAUCAUUUUAAAGCUACUUUCCCAGAAACUGAAAAGAGACAAGUAAAAGAAAGUGAUGAGAAUGUUCAGGAAUGUUCUCAUGAUACAGGAAGUACAGCAUUUUUAACAGAAAACAAUUUAACUCGCCCAUCGGACAGUUAUUCAGAUAACUGUGAGAUUAACACUAUUAAUGGCAAAAGCAGUUCAAUGGAAGUUUACAGAAGUACAGCAAAAGCAAAUAUUAAUUUGUCAGAAAACAUUGCUGACAACUCAGAAAUUACACUUAAGUCUAAUAUAAGUCUUUCAUCAAAAGAUUGCUCAGAAACUACGCCUCGUGAAAUCCAGCAAAAUGACUCAGAAUUCACCUACGCUAAUGUGUGUCCUGUAAGUUUAACUGAUACAGAGCCAGAUAAUGAGACAAUGAAGCAAAGCUUUCAGGACAAAAGUACUAGUAUGGAUAUUGAGUGUCCUGAGACUUCUGAAGCAGUGGAUCCCUUAGAGUUGGAUAACGUCUCUAUACAAGAAGAUACCACCAUUGAUGUAAUUGAACCACAAGUUUUCUUUCAUAGCCAAGACAUACCAGAUGCUGGUGUCAUUAAGGAGAUUACGGUUGAAACAUCGCAUAAAGAAAUGAAACAAGAUGAUUCAUCUGCUCAGACUGUUGAUUUGAACAUACAAGCUGAUGAAUUAAUGCCACCAAGAGGAGAGCUUUCUGAACAGGAAAGCCUGGGGGGAAAUGACAGCUCAAUGUGGACUCAGAGCUACAACGAUGGAGAUGUCUCGACUUCGUAUGAUCUGCUAGCAAGAGAGAGUUGGGGCGCAUCAGAUGGAUCAGAUACAGAAACAAGUAGACCACUAAAUGACUUACCGGUUGCCAAAAGUAGUGUAAGAGAAAGUGUUUCUAAGAAGGGUAAAAUGAAGAAAGUGUACAAGUGUCUUUCUUGCACUGAAAUAUUCAACUGUCCUAAGGAGAGGAGAGUUCAUCGUAGGAGGUUUCACACGGAUGCAUCAGAAGUACGUAAGGAUAAACAAUUUGGUGACGUUUACAGUGCUUCUACUGUGAAGGAAGAACUUGUAGAGACUGUGAAAGUAGAAAAUAAAAAUGUAGACCUAUGUGUUCCUCCCGCUGAUAGCUUGUCUGCUGCAAGGACGCCUGACAGUAAUGGUCCAAGUAGUUCAUCAGCGGUGAAGAUUAAGACUGAGAAAACUGAUACUCCUGUAUUGGAUGUGGACUCAGAUCAGAAAAAAAUAAAAACAAGUGAUAGUUUAGUCGCCAAACUCAAACCAGAGCCUGCAGCAGGUGAGACGCAGACAGGAAAUGGUCCGGAAGAUGCAGUGAAACAAGAAUAUAAAUGCAUUUCAGUAAACUGUGCUAUGGUUUUUACAUCUCAAGAUGAUUUGAAAGAACAUGUGCACACAGCACACAAACUCAGAAAGAAACGGGGUUGUCAUAUCUGUCCAACUUGUCAGGAAGCUUUCAGCACCGAUGUUUUGUACCGUGCACAUUUAAAAAUACAUCCCCUGGAGUGCAAAUAUUGUGGAAAGUUCUUCACAAGACAUCAGAACCUUAACCUGCAUACAAACAGGCAUCUAGGAAUCAAACCAUUUAAGUGCGGUGUUUGUGACAAAUCAUUUAUAACCAAACAAAAACUGACUGAACACACUAAUGUUCACACUGGAGAAGCUCCUAUUCGAUGUGACUUGUGUUGUGAGACGUUUCGCCGGUACAGCAAUCUCAUACAACAUAAAAACAGGCAUCAUCUGAAUUUGAAGAAAAAAGUGAAAGAUUUUAUUUGCCAGUGUGGUGAAAUAUUCCACACAAAAAAGAAACUGGAGUGGCACAAAGAGACACAUGAUGCAAAACCAAAAUCCUGUGGAUUCUGCAGUGUGAGGUUUGUACAUGCAGUCAGUCUAACAAGACACAUACGCAAAGCUCAUGAUAGUCGUUAUGUACCUCAGAAGGAACGUGAAGGAGAAAAUGUUGAGUGCCCUGUCUGUUCUGCUGUCUGUCUUAAAAAUUCACUUUCGGCUCAUAUGCGUUUACAUUCUGGAGAGCGACCACACCAGUGUCCCCUUUGUUCAAAGAGUUUCACCACGAAAUGGAAUUUGCGGCUUCAUCGCUGGACCCAUACAGCACGUUCUGCGAAGCCAUAUAAAUGUGAAAUCUGUAGAGCAGCAUUUCAUAGGGAAUCGUGCUAUUCAGCUCAUGUACGAUCUCAUCGUGGUACAAGGCCAUAUACUUGCAAUUAUUGCGGCCGUUGCUUUGUGUAUAAAUACAAUUGUGUACGCCAUGUACGUGAACAUGAAUUAGGAAAAAAUUAUGUGUGUGGUGUGUGUGGAAAACUAUUUCAUAGAGGCUAUUACCUGAAGGAACACAUGACUGUGCACACAGGUAUACGGCCCUACACAUGCCACAUUUGUGGCAAAGCAUCUCCAACUAAAUCUAAUCACAAUAAGCAUCUGAAAAUUCAUCAUGCACGAGAACCUGUAAAUACUGAGGGUUGAAGUAUAAACUGUUUAAUGUUACUUCUUAAGUAAUGUUUACUGACAUCAUUAGCAUGUUUUGUACAUCCUUCAAAAUAUGCAAAAUUUCCAGGAAGUAAUGCAACACAGUUUUUCUCCCUUUAGCCCACAACAAUCUUGAAAAGUGAUAAGUUAUUUAGAAUGGGAAGAUUUCAUCAGUGACCUGAAGACUUUGCCCCAGGUACACUGCCAGGAUAGUUUUGUAUUACGAAGUCUGAAAGUCUGAAAGUUGUACCACAACUGUAACAACAGGCAUUUUAUAUCAAUAUAGUCACUUAUGAAAUCUGAAAAAUCACAAAUGAUAUUACCAGUAACUUAAAUUUCAGUAAAAUGUAACACAAAUGUUGUGUUACUGUGACAAAACAUGUAUCUCACAGGUAUGGAAUUCAAGAAACUCUGUAGCCCUCAGUGGGCUGAAAAUUUUGCCAAAGACUACAUAAUUUUCAAUUAUGUUUUAGGUAUUUGCCAAUGAAAAAGUUGCAUUACUUUUUGGGUCAACCUUGUGUACAUACCUAUAUAUUUUUCCAUGUCUCACAUGUAUUACCUGAUGAACAGACCAUGAAAUAUUUUUUGCAGUGCACUUCUGAGUCUCUGUUCAAAUAAAGGGACAACAAAAAUCCAGCUAGAUGGCUAGAAGGGAUGUUAAUGUUCAGAUUAUUAAAUUCCCUGCUGUUGCAUGUGUACUUGGCUUGGGUACUCCCAACCUCUCCAACAUAGCAAUAUGAUUUUGUGUCUGGUGGCAGGUCACAAAAUAAGAAUUGCUUUGAAAGCAUUGCCAUUAAUGAAAUAUCCGAAUUUUUAAACUUUUUCACAGACUUUGUUGUUUAAGUAGACUUUCUUAAACUGGAUCCUUUCAGAAUCACCUGAAUUGAUAGAAAACCGUUGUGAAGCUGGGAAUAUUUGAUAUUUACUUUCCAAAAUUUUGCAACUUUAUUUUAUGAAGAAAACAAUAUAAGUACAAAUUAUUUUCAUUUUAAGCCAAUAUUUGCGUAAUGUUGUGCAUGCAUGUACUGUGGUUGUUCUCACUGUGUGACUGUUAGGUAUUAUUUUUCUGAGAUGCUAGAUAAAAACACGACUCCAAAUAUAUGUACUUGAUUGUUGUUUUUAAUCUCAAACUUUUAUAUGCUUUAUUCACAAAACCUGACUGGCUUUAUGCAUCGCCUUUAGGAAAUUACCAGUGAGCAUAUACUUCUGAAAUUAUUUGGGUUGUUAAAAAAGUCUUUCUUCAAGCUCAAAAUCUCCCUAAAGUUCUUAAGCUAUUUUGGUGAUCACAAGAAAUACAUUAAAUACCAACAGUGUAAGUUAAUCAUCAUCUGCACAUUGCUCGUUUGAGUUUAAAAACUUUGAAAUCUGGCUUUCAAUUCAGUGUACAGUUAAUGUUGACAAACAAUGUGACAAGUUUAUAGGCUCCAUAUCGUGUUAACGCAAGUGGUAUUGUAGUGUGGUGGAUAACAGUACUCCACCUUAAGAACCACAUUUCACAGUAUCUUCUUUUCUCCGUGGUUUUUUGGUAAUAGAACUAUCCAAAUUUGCUUUAUAGAUGAGUCUAAAGAUUGUUUGUCAGCCACCAUCUAUACUUACCAAACCUUCAUUACAGGUCCAUUUUCAUUUCAAAAGCAUAAUAUUACUAGCUGAUCUUUUUAGAUUUAACUUUUGUAUGUACCCAUGAGAAGGAACAUUUGUAAUAAAGCCAAAGUCCAUAAUUAACAAUAUAUAAUUUAACACAAGUACUGUAUUAUCUUUUGUUUUUAUUUUAGAUAAAACUUUUCUGUUCAGGAGUACACAGGAACACUUUAUAGUGGGUCAGCCAUUCACAUAAUCAACAACACAAAUGAUGUAACAAUGAUCUGUAUGCCAUGAUCUGUAUGCUACUCAGUUUACAAAAAAUAAAAAUAAAAAAAAGAAUGAUUUAUUGAUUAAAAAUGCAAGUCUGGGACGGCACUCUUCAUUACAAAUUUUUGAUUCGUAGAGAUAUGAAGUAGUGCCUUUUGUGCUGAAUUGUACUGUAAUAUUUGUAGAAGCUGCCACUUGUUUUUGUCUAAAAAGUGCCAGAAAAAAAUAUAUCCUUAAUUCUCAUUUAUAUUACUAUUGUUUUGAGGUUUCAUUGCUCAGCUGGUACUUUCAAAAAUUGUUUUUAAUGUUCUAUGGUCCAUCUGUACGUGUCCAUGUGAAUGUGAACAGAACACAGUUUUCUUCUGAAACUUGUAACAUCAAUAAUUGGUUGGUUCUUGGUGAGAUGGUAAGGUCCAUUCUUUCUAUGGGGUCUUCAUAGUUGAGAUGGUUCCAGAAAUAUUCUGUCAAUAUUUCUUUCUACAUAAUUUGUUUUUCACACUUUUUGUGUCAAAACCACCAGUACUAACAUUACUUUCAAUUCAGUUGUUGUAUUCAAAACUUUCCAUACUCUUCUAACAAUUUCAUUGUCUUAAAAAGCAUAGACUAAACACAAGAUCAGUUUUAUGUAUAAUUCACUUAUGUCAUCAAAAGAUGACAUUAGAUUUUAGAAAAUUUUCUUCUUCUUAGCAUUUCCAAUCUCUCAGAGGCACACGUACACAUGAUAACUUGUAGUGAGCUGUGUGUCUAAAUGCAUCAAAAACUUUGACAGAAACAGAAGACAAUCAAUUUGACCCGUCUGUUUGAAAUUUUUGUGCUUCCUGUCCUACCGAAGGAAGUCAGAGACAGCAGCAGGAACGGCAAGAAACCUCCAGCUCUAGAAAAUCUGCUCUGGGACCAGCUGUAAUGUUGAACAAAGAUACAUUAGUUAUUUUCCUUAGAAAUGAGUAGAUUUUUAAAAGUCCUAUUGACAGUGGUGCAAACUUUACUGCAAUCUGUUCUUUCUUGUGUAGCAUGCCCUCACAUAUACCUGUUCUCAAUCUGUUGAUUAAUAAUAAUAAUAAUAAUAAUAAUAAUAAUAAUAAUAAUAAUAAGCUUGAGAAAUUUUGAAAAAGCAAAGAUAGCAGUCUAGGGUAUAUGAAUACAUCAUAAUAUCCAGAAGGAUCAAACACUCAGACAUUACCUGAUGUUAGUACUGCAGGUGUUUUGGCCGGGAUUCAGUCAUGUUCUCCUUAUUUGUUAAUGUAAUGAUUUAAAAAGGUUUGUAUGAAAAUAAUAGUUCUGUGCUUAAAAUUAUCCUUAUACAGAAAAAAGGUCUUAAUGAAAGUAUUCACUUGUCAUUAAAGACCAAAAGAAAAUGUUUUUGUAUUACUGAAGCAUUCUAGUGACCUUUUCAAAUUGUAAAAUGAUCUUAAAACUCGGUAAAGAUGUUACUGGUCUGAAGACUAGUUUGAACACCACAUUGUUUACUUGCCAUGGUCCUGUGACCUUUGAAUUGACUUACUCAGUUAUACUUUUGCAUGAAAUCUGGAUUACAGUGCAUUUCAGCAUUUUUCACAUAAACAGUCUUUGGCAGAGAUGAAAGAAGCAAUAGCUGACAGAAAAAGCCUGGGAAUGAUGAGGGAUUAAAACUCAGACUGUUUGAUUUGUAGUCACAAACUUGAUUGCCCAAUGAUGUUAUGUAAUUAAUACAACACGUGUAUUUAUUUCUGUUCAUUAUUAUAAAUGUCAAACUCCAGGCUGCUUGUGUUUUUCUGUAAUUUUACACAUUAAACACAAAAGUAUAUUUAAAAAAAUAAAUUAAAAUCAUUUUUCACUUUUGCGAUUCAAUUCCUGGAUAUAUUUCCAUACUGAUACUAUAUCUGUCAACAAUGUGGGAUUUAAAUUAGAGAUGCAGCUUCAGUAGUUUCCCACUUCUUAGUUUCUAAUUAUAAAUAUUUAUUAUAGCUACCACCAGAUACAAAAUUAUUGAAUGCAAAUUAAUUGAUGAUUAUCAUUGAAACAGGUGCUUAAAAUAAAAUAAUUAUGUUUUGACAUUGAAGCUCCAAAUUAGGGUUUCCUGGGCCAAGCGAGUUUCUUGAUUUUCUGUGAAGAGUAGUUAAAUGGGGUGUUAUCAGCAGUGUGUGUCUGUGUAACAAGCUGUAGGUAAACUUCCUACGAAUUAUCAUUUCAUGGUCUGUGGAUCACACUCUUCUUUGUUGUUAUUUGUAACUCUUAUACUGGAAGUGUGUGUGUGUGUGUGUGUGUGUGUGUGUGUGUGUGUGUGUGUGUGUGUGUGUGUGUGUGUGUGUGUGUGUGUGUUCCUGCACUCUGACUAUUGAUGUUAAUAAUAUAACUGUGUGUUUUCUACUGUGGGCUAAUUAGCUGGAAUGGCGCAUGUGUGUCAAGUAAAGAUAUUUUGAUAAAUGUUUUCCCUGUAUUUGUCAUUUUGAGUAUGAACUUAAAUAAUAACCUGUGAUUUUCUGAUGUACGUGUGAUGUAUAUAAUACUCAUUCACAAAUUAUGUUAUUAAUUUAAUAUUUGAGACAAGUUAAAAUUGUACUGAGCUGUGGCAUGAAUUUGGAUCCCUCCCUUUGAUGUUACCAACUGAUCUGUCCGUGCACACCUCUCAAUGGGAUGAAAGUCCGAAUUGACAACUUGUUUCCCCUCCAUAAUUUCUAGAUAUCACACUGCCUACAAAAGACAUGAACUGGGUUCCAAAGCUUGCUGUGGCACACCCUUUUAACUUGUCACAAAUUUUCAGUACAUUGUAUACUCAACUAAAAGGUAGAAAAAUGUCAACUCUAAGUUAUUAGUUGUUCCUCCCAUUAGUAGCUCUGAUGUUUACAUGGACUGUUUCAAGACAAGGACUUAAAAUAUGACCAUUAAUACUUAAUGAAAACUGUUAUUUCCAUCAAAGUAAUUUCUAAACUGAAUGAUGUAAAAUUUGUCCAAAAGAGCAAUUUUGUACUGGUAGGCAAAUGCAGAAAGUAGGUGUAAAGUGUUUAUUUCUGUUGUUAAAUCUUUUUGUGUCAAUAUAUAUAGUAGCUUAUAGUCUUCAUAAUGCUACAAAAUGAAUUUUUCAAAAAUUGAUUGUUAUUUACUGUCAAAUAGCAAGACAAGAAACUGAGCAGACUUGAGAUACCAAUUAUGAUACAUUAGAAUCAUACGUUUUGAAACAGAAGACUUUCAUUCAUCAUGUAUCACUGUUGCAAUAAUAAUACCUAACAAAAGGCAUUAUUCUGCCUGCCAGUGCUUAGUCACUGAAACUCAGAUAGAAGUUAAAUAAUGUGUUGUUCAGUUAAUUGACAUGCCUGGCUAUGUAGCAUAAAUUCCAGAAUGAUCAUGUCACAGUCAGCUCAAUUUGACCUACAAAUUUAAUAAAAAAUAGUUAUCUUUAAAAACAGUUAUUGUUGAAAGUCUGUAGGUAUAAAUUAAGGAUAUCAGAUGGUCAAAGUGUAUUGAUAAUUAGCAGUUACCAAAAGUUCAAAUGCUGUAAGACUAUUUAUUUACAUAAAAUGUUUAAUUUCAUGUGUUUGCAUUAAGACUGACAAACUGGAAACAGAAAUUUGUUUUAAAUUCUCGACAGUUUCUAACUGCUGAAAAUAUAAAAUAAGAAACAUUUAUGUGGGACACUGUCGGAAUAUGAUACACGAUGAUGAAAACAUUUGUUAUAUUUUGACAGAGAGCUAUUAUCUGAACACUGAGUAGUAGAAGAAGAAGAAAAACUAAAAAUCUGUUUUGAAAGCAUAACAAGAAUGUAGUUCUGAAGAGUGUGUGAUAUUUAUGUUGUCGAUCAAGAUAUAAAAAGAAAGCAAUCACAUUAGUGUACGCAAAGUAUGGGAAAAAAAGGAGUUUGAAAAAUAUGAAAAUCUGACAUAAAGUAUGCUAAGUAAAUAAAUAUUAUAAACUGAGAAAAGAUUGCAUCAGAAGACGAUUAGAAGAAACUGGAAGUAAACAAAUACAGUUGCUCAAUACAAUUAAUGGAUUAUUUGCUGUCAGUAUCAUGUGGAUUUUGUUUAUUAAAAAUUAUUAGCUAUGUGUAGAGUGUCUGUAAACUGGUUCUAUACAUAUACCUUAACAGUGUCAGUUGUAACCCAAGCUCUAAUGCAUUCUAAAGUACCACUGUUGCAGUCAAAGUAACAUGGGUUCCAUAUCUUCUCACUGCUUGUAUAAUGCUCUGUAUUGUUGAAGUGUGGUCUAUGGCUUAUUUGCUAUAAUUAUGUCAAAUGAUUGUGAUCACACAAAUCUUGUAUUAAAAAUUUCUAACACUACACUUAAUAUAUGGAAUUUGUCUCAAGGGUACUUUGCUUGUUGUUUAUAUGAUUGUCGAAUGCCUUGUGUUCAUUGCUUGUUCUUGUCUGUAGUGGAAUCAGUGCCCCUGGAUAUUACAUUCCACCAAAUGCCUCCUUCUUCUUCCCCAACUUCAGUUCAAAGACUAUUACCUCAAUUCAUUGUCGUUCUUAAUUCUUAUACAAUGCAUGUCUGAUGCUCAAUAAUUUAUAGAUUGUGUUCACAAAUAACUACUGCUCCUCAUUUACUUUUUACUGAGGUGCUUUCCAGUUUCUUUUUAUGGAUUUUUACCAGUGUUGUGAGUUUUGUGGUUAGUGUGAUGACAAAUAAUUUUAUAAAUUUUACUUGCAAGUAUUAAAAUUUAUUCAAAUUUCUUUUAUGUAUUUAUUGUUAACUUCCAUCAUCUAAUAAAUAAUGUAAACAUGAGAGAUGUGACACUUAUGUGCCAUUAGAAAACAUUUUAAAGGAAUAAAGUCUUUUUAUAAAUA